UUUUUGUUUGAAAUUCUUUACAUUAUUUUAUCGAGAGAAUUGAAACAUGUCAACUGUUAAAGGAGUAGCUCCACCAAUCGAAAAAUAUGAUGGUUCUUCAUUGCGUGUUCUAAUCGUACAUGCACGUUGGAAUAUUACAGUAGUGGACGCAUUAAUAAAAGGAGCAAUUGACACCAUGACCAAUGAAUAUUCGGUUAAAUCCGAGAAUAUUACCAUUCAAUCUGUCUCAGGAUCAUAUGAGUUACCAUUUGCAACUCAACGUCUUAUUGCAGCAUCAAGACUUCAGGCUACUCCAAAUGCAGCAGAAUUAUUUUCAUCAACGCCAGCAGGAGAACAAACUGGACCUCCGCCUGUUAACACUCAAACUUUUGAUGUGGCUAUUUGUAUUGGAGUAUUAAUCAAAGGUUCUACGAUGCAUUUUGAAUAUAUUGCCGACGCUGUUAGUAAUGGUAUAAUGAGAGUUGGAUUGGAUUCUGGCAUUCCUUGUGUUUUUGGUAUUUUAACUUGUUUAAAUGAUGAUCAAGCAUUGGAAAGAGCUGGUUUGGGUUCAAGUGAUAAGAAACAUAAUCAUGGAAUUGAUUGGGGACAUUGUGCUGUUGAAUUAGCUGUGAAGAAUCGCGGUUGGAUGGCUGGUAAAAUUUGACAUU